AUGGUCGCCUUUAUCAUCACCCGCUCUUUUGCCAUCUCUGCCUUAUUCGUUGGGGCAUUUUCUGCUCCCAUCGCCGUCGGCCCUUUUGCCGUCAGGUCCACGGGAAUUAUUGAGGCUCGACAGUGCCACGCCAUGGGGUACCUGGCCGUCGCAGACCCCGAGUCUAACGGCUUCACUCCCAUUUCUGGAGUGUCUGAGGAACCCAGCAACGCCGCCUUAGAUGCAGCUGAUUCUUCCCCGGCCAUCCAAACGCGCCAGUGCCACGGAGAAGGGUGCCUCCGUGUUGUCGAAGAGCGCGAGGUUCAAAACACCCCUGCUGUCGUGGCCGCCGAGGCUCGUCAGUGUCAUAGUAUGGGCUGUCUCAAAUCCGACUCGGAGGAGGAACGGGUGCACAUCUAG